GUGACGUGUACCUCCACCGCCUCUAUCAGCCGGUGCGACUCGACACGCUAAGUAUAAAAGCGUCCGUUCGGCACCAAACUCCUCAGUGCGGAAAAGAUGCAUCUAGUUACCACGGUUACCCUGCUAUGCGUCGCGCUCACGGCCAGAGCUGAUGGUUCCGCCGUGCAGUCUCCCGCCAUAGACGCGUCGGAUUCCCUAUGCCGGUCCCUCGACACCGCGUGCGCCAACUUAUGGAUCUCGAUUCAAUGUAAAGUGACUAAGAGCUGUGUUCCACGUUGGGAACUAACCGAUUCCUCGGCCGUUGGAAAUGACACUGAACUCUGCGCAUUGUGCAAGAAAAUGGUUAAGCAAGCUAGACAUCAACUUCUCACCAACGAGACUCAGUCUGAAAUAAGGCAGGUUGUCGAUGGAUCUUGUGACAUCUUUCUGCCCGUCACGCCUCUGAAUACCCUGUGCAAAAAGCUGAUGAAUUUGUUUGUAGAUGAGCUUAAUGACGUGCUUGUAUCCAGGAUGAAUCCCACCCAAGUAUGUAGCAUUUGCGGUCUUUGUUGGGCGUCGACCAAAAAAGCCGGGCUAUUCGAUCGUGUUAGCUACGUAACGCUUUCCAAGGAACAUGAGGAGGCCAAGUGCAACGCUUGCAAAAACACCAUCAGACGAGCCGUGUCCUUCGCUGAAUUAAUUCCUCAGGAUAAGGUCGUUGAUGGCUUCAUGAAGAUUUGCGAAGUCGAAUCUGGAAACAGAAAGCAACAGUGCGAACAGUUUGCGCAGAUUUAUGUUGACAAAUUAUUCGAAGCCGUCAAGAAGGAUACUCCGGAACGUUCAUGUCAAGCCCUCGAGCAAUGCCCGGGAGAUAUGUUGCCGACGUCGAACUUUGUCAACCUUAGACCGUACGGAGAUGUUCAAUGCGAGUUUUGUGAAGCAAUGCUGCAUCAGCUAAUUGUUCAGUUUAAUAAUACUACUACCAAGCUGCAAGUUAAAGCUGUCCUUGAAGGCAUCUGCAGGGACAUCGGUUCCUUGGCCAAGGAGUGUUUAGAUCAAGUGACGAAGAACUUCGACGUAGCUUACGAUGGACUGCUCAAUUUUCUGAAUUCUCCUGUGGUUUGCAGGCUUCUAGGUCUGUGUUCGGCUUCCGCGAAGUUCGAGGUCACUGCAACGACCGAUUCACUGCCGAUGGCUCGACUAACUUCUGCGAUAAGCCGACAAAACAAUAAUCGCAAACCCAUUAAAAUCAGUCUGAAUGACGUCGUUAGUCGGGACCAAGACCCGUCCCUGAACAGCGUCUGCACUACAUGCGAGCUCGUUGUUUCGUGGGUAGCAACUAUGCUGAACGCAACGACAACUGAGAAUGAUAUCAUCGCUUUGAUUAAUGAAGUGUGCGACUCUUCAUGGUUUCCUGAUAACCAGCGCAACGAGUGCCGGAACAUGGUUGCGGCCUACGGAAGCUUAAUUAUGCAUUUACUCGUUAACGCGAUGGACCCCCAUAAAGUCUGUACGGAGAUCAAGUUCUGUACAGAGCUUACCCAGAAUCGUGUAAUGCGCACAGCAGAGAAACCUGCUGAGAUCGGACAUGAAAUCUGUGAAAUGUGUCAACUUGUCGCCAGGUACCUUGUCCGGGCUCUGAACAACGACGAUGCGAAGGACAAUAUUGAAGCAGUCUUGCAACAGAUAUGUUUGCUUGUUCCCGCGGACCCUGCUAAGUGCCAAGAGUUUGUUGACGAGCACAUCGAAGCUCUCUACAAAAAACUCCGAAAAGACGUGACGGUUGACCACAUCUGCAAGGGUUUGCACGUAUGCGACCAACCGAGACAAACAACAUUCGCAAAGACCAGAAACUGUGUCAGAGUUGCAGGUCAGGGUUGCAUCCUGUGCGCUGGCAUUUCCGAAUGGGUUCUCGCUAAGAUCAGGAGUAUGAAGUCCAAAACCGAGAUUCUUGCGGGCUAUGAAAGGCUGUGCUCGAUUCUUCCUGGGAAGGACCGCGCGGAGUGUCAGAACGUCGUCGAUACUUACGGAGAAAUAAUCUAUAACCUGAUCAGACAAAACGUUACCUCCGAGCAAGUCUGCAAAUCGCUGCUUUGCUGCGUAGCCCGUCAACCACAGGACAAACAUUGUGAGCUCUGCAAACUAGCCGCGACAUGGAUUAUCGAUGAGGUUAAGAACAACAAGACGGAAGUUACCAUCGUCCAGGCCCUAACGGAAGCCUGUUCUGCCAUCUCGAAUAAUAGGACCAAAAGUGCGAAAUGCGUCAUUAUGUCCAGUCGCACGCUAGUCCAUCUGAUCCAACAAGAUCUGCCAGCUAGUGAGAUCUGUUCUACGCUCGAUAUCUGCGAAUCUCGAUCUACUGCCGCGAAGCGCCAGUUAACUGAUGACAACGACUGCGACGUCUGUGAAGUGGUCGCUGAUUGGCUGGUCAAACAGUCGCUUAUCAACACAACCGAGGCCUUUAUUAUUAAGGCGUUGGAACAAGUCUGCAAAGUUGUCCCUGUAGACAAGAAAGCUUGCCAGAACAUCGUCGACACUUACAGUUUCCUGAUUUUCCAGCUGCUCCGUGAAAAGGUGACACCGGUUCAAAUCUGUUACGUUAUUGGACUUUGCAAUCAACCUCGUCAAACGCUCACCGUUGCGCCAAAACAACUGGUCUUCAAACCUUCAUGCAUGCACUGUGACAUUAUCCUCAAUAGACUCAUCAACGAAAUCGCAAUUAACAAGUUGGAAAUCUGCCAUGAGCUUUUACCUCAGCGUUUACAGUGCCAGAAUUUCAUUGACGCGUACCGAGACAUGAUCUUCCAGCUUUUAAAGCAAGAUACUACCUACUCGGAGACCUGCUGGUUAGUCGGUCUUUGUGAAGAGGCGCGACCUCCCGUACGCAUCGACCACUCUCUCUAUACAAGCGUCAUCACCAUGGUCCUGGCUCAGAUUGAGAACAACAAGACUGAGCAAGCCAUUCUCGCAGCCAUGAAGAACGUCUGCAGUUCUUUUAGUACUGACAGUGCUGGUCAGUGUCGCUAUUUUAUUUCUACGUACGGAGACCAGCUCCUGAAACAUAUUGGCCAGGACCUGGACUUGCAGGAAGCGCACAAAACGAUCACACCUCGCUUGACCUCGUCCUUGAUGGGGCGGCCCCUCGAUAACAGCCAAAAAUGCUCAAUGUGCCAAAUUAUGGUCAACAUCAUCGAAUUUGGAUUGAGAAAUAAUAACAGUCAACAUGAGAUCGAAAUCUUCCUUAACAAGGUCUGUUCCGCUUUGUCAACUGAUGAGCAAGCUACGUGUCGUACUAUGAUCGAUGUUUACACCAGCUACAUCAUCCAGAUGAUCGAGAACUUAAUUAGCUCGAAGGAAAUCUGUCAAGCACUGACAUUUUGCCCCAGACAAGCUAUCAACAUCAAAUGCGAAAUCUGUAUAUUCAUCUUAAACCUUGUCGAGGACCAGCUCGGAAACAAUCAAACUGAAUCUGAGAUACUUGAGGUGCUGGACAAGUCCUGCGACCUUUUGUCACCCCAGAACGUUUCGGAAUGCAGAUUCAUCGUCAAACAGUUUGUCGAUAUGACCAUCACUCUUCUAGUACAAAAUGCACCACCUCGCAAAAUCUGUGAGGAGGUCCGUCAGUGCCCUAAAGCUCUUCAACCGGUGAAGAACAUCGCCAGUAUUUCGGCAGCUCCUCUUCAGCGGCCAGACGAGAAGUGUUCAUUCUGCAAGUGGCUCAUUACCUGGGUAGACGACAAACUCAAAGAAAAUCAUACAGAAGCCAUAAUCAAGGAGGAGUUGGACAAAGCUUGUGAUCUGCUAAAUGAUUCGACCGAAUGCAAAGAAAUGGCUAAUAGCUACGUUGAUAUGAUCGUGAAAAUGCUCGUACAAUACGUUGACCCCGAACAUAUCUGUGAAACGCUUGGAAAAUGCCCCAAGAAGGCCGUCCUGUCGAGCAGGGUUGAACCACCAUGCCAGCUUUGCAAGUACUACGUUCACGAGCUCCGCGACAGACUCAAUAGCAGUAAUGCCGAAGCCGAAAUAAAGAGUGGUCUUGAUCAGAUCUGCGCAGCUCUGUCUGUGGAUGGGAAGGAAUGCACAGAUCUUGUCGACAGGUACACUCACCUGUUAAUUAGAGUGAUUCUGGAGAACACUGAUCUCGAAGUCGUCUGUCGAACUCUUAAGGUUUGUCCGACAAAAAUCACGAUACGACCAACAGCUACGAACUGCGAUUACUGCCAAAAAAUUGUGAACUUCAUUUCAAUGGAGGUCAAGAACGAGGAUAAUGACGAGAAGAUUAUAGAAGUAAUCGAAAAAGUUUGCGACUAUGUUCCAAUCCAAUACCAAGAAGAUUGCCACCGAAUGGUGGAAAUUGACGGUAUGGUAAUCUUCCGAAUGAUCGCUGAAUCGGUGGAUCCUGACAUCAUCUGUGCCGCUAUCAAACUUUGUUCAACCAAUGGGCCCGAUCUUGUCUGCACAUUAUGCGAGUACUCUCUACACUAUAUUCAAGAGAAGCUCUACGAUAAUGCGACUCAGGCGGAGAUUCGAUCAGAACUUGACAAAAUGUGCGCGAAGUUGAAGAACCCGGGAAUGGCCAGCGACUGCAAAGAGUUCAUCGACGUCUACGGAAGCGCGCUCGAGGUGAUCAUCGCUCAAAAACUUGAUCCUUCUAUCAUAUGUCCCACGAUUCAUGCUUGCCCGAGCUCGCGUGGCAUUCGGACCGGUCGCCGACCCUCAACAGCCCGCUGCCACGACUGUAUGUCCCUUACGAACGCAAAUCCACUCGGUUACCAGUCGAUUUGCGUUGACAUGAAGAGCCUAUCCCUACACAAGUGCGAAAACGCAGCUAUGGCUGGGGAAAUUGGCGGCAGCAACCUCACAAUUUGCAAGCUAAUUAAGGCAUGCUAUGCCGAACAGGCAGACAAAGGCUCUUUCACGUGUACCUCUAGAGGUUGCAAAUACACCGCCUAAAGAUCCUUUGACCGCUCCUUCAAGGUGUUACCCUGGAUACUUAUAUUUCGCUACGUAUUACUCCUAAUGAUUCAUUUUAAUAACUUGAGAACAAUGCUUAUUAAAUACGGUAGUGCACCUUCAUUUGUUUAUGAUACCUAACUCUGAACCGAUACUCUGGGAGGCAAUCCUCCUGCGUGCGUUUUUUCUUACGUACAGCUUCAAACGACCCGCACAUUUCAAAAAUGCUUGUAGAAUUUAUCAUGAUCGAAUCGGGACUGCUAUACAUUGGAGGCGGGAAAGACCUCGCCGUUUGGUCGUUUUUAAGAGCUGGCUUAAUUGGGGUGUUCGAUAUAGCUUUCAAUGAGACCAUGAUUACAAAAGCAACACGGAGGUGAGCUGACAGCAGGUUUGAUUGUAAAGCCAGCUACCCUUUUGGUACCCUUGAAAUUCCUCUAAAAACCGGGAGACGAAGAAGGAUUUCGUCUGAAGCGACCCGAGAAAUCCGUUUUGUUCGAAAUUCUGCUCACAUCGCUAGGACUGGGGAAGCCUUUCGUCGUAGCGCUGGGAAGGACAUGCCUGCUUUCACUCUCAUUCUACUUUCCGUGCGUCAUUUCAAAAGCGUCGUUUUACUCUCUGUUCAGAUUGUGAUGAUCAGGUGUCAGAUGAAUGUCUCUCUAAUCUAAAUGAAUAACCAUUAAAAAUCAACUAUCAAUAAACUGCACCUGUAAAUUUAAUCCAGUACCAACUUUAUUAUACGAGUAGAAACGCUUGAGAUGCGUCGUCUAUAUGCGUAGGUAAUAAUGACAGUAAUUCACAGAUCGGUGAUGAACCAUGUCGGGCAAUUCGUCCACCGAUUGCCAGACCCCAUGCAGCAUUUGAAAUGGUUCAGCUAGUCAUAAAUCGAGGCGUGAUGAAGAUACUUUGACGAGGAUAACUACAAGAAAAUAAAUUUUGAGUUAUCUCAACUCUGUAGAGCUGUCUAGGUCGGAAUUGCCGUAACAAUAACAUAUGGCAUAUGCUCAGACUGCGUAUGGCUCUCAAUAUACAGCCAAUAGAUAAGUGCCUAUUUGAUGAGCUGCUGAAAAAUAUUACUCUAAUUCGUAGACGAGUUUGAAGGACAUAUCAAGCAUGCCAAAUAAUAUUAAGUCGAAUAUGCUACCGCGCUUGUUUUAUGUAAAAGACAAUAAAUAAAUUUCGAGAGUGUGCCGAUAUCGUU